CUUACCACAUUUGACAUACAGCAUAGCAGAGCACAGGAUGUACGUGUGUUACUGAUUUCCUACGGAAUAUUUAAUGGGACUGGAAAUGCAUUGACGCUAUCAACAUCACUGACUAUGGUCGGAUUUUAUUUCGACAAACGACGGGGCUUUGCUAACAGCUUGACCACUGCAGGAAGCUCUUUUGGCGGCCUGAUGUUUGCACAAGUUAUUACUUUAUUACUGGAUGCAUAUGGAUAUCAGGGGUUACUAGUUAUUGCUGCAGUGUCAUUGCAUGGCUCUAUUAGUGAUGCUCUGUAUCGUCCUACAAAGUUCUAUGAGACCAGUAAUACAAGUAAACCGGAGGAAAAACCACUGGCAAAAAUUGAACAUAACCAAAAUGAUGUUAUUUCUGAUAUCGAUUUAAGUAUACAUGCAAACAACGAGCAGGGCAUACAAGAACAAGAAAAUAUCAAAGAUAGACAUAGCAGCCCAGAUAUACUGUGUUUGAAUGCUGAUUUAGGAGCUUCUAUAUUGAAGAUCCAUAGGACCAUGAGCGAGUCCUCCAUAAACGACAGAAGCUCUUUUAGAAUCUCAAAACGUUUAAAUGUUUUUAAAACUCUAGCAAAUGUGUUUGAUAUAAGAGUGUUUUCAAUUCCGGUAUUUAUAGCUUUUGAAGUCUCUGCAAUUCUUCUAUGCCCUGCGACGAUGCUCAGUCCGGUCUUUGUUGCACCGCAUGCAAAAGAAGCACUAAAUGAUACAAAGAAAGUAGCAAUCCUUAUCACAAUUUUUAGCUCCCUCGAUCUCAUUUCCAGAAUUGUGUUAGCAUUUAUUUCUGACAGUAGAGUUAUACGACGAUCAACUUUAAUAGCAAUCUCCGCCUUUAUAAUUGGAAUCAGUAACCAUUGUGUUCGCUGGUAUACGAGCUAUGAGACAAUCAUAGCUCACACAGUAGUUCUUGGCGUAUUUAGUGGGAAUUACCUUUCCCUGUUCGCUGCAAUAAUCGUGGACUUUAUGUCAAUUGAGAGGUUACAAAGUGUACUAGGAUUUACAGCAUUGUUUCAGGGUUGUGCAGUCGCCAUCUCCUUUUACCUUGUCGGCAAUUCGUCAGUUUACAUUCUGGAACACUCUUAG